AACGCGCUCCGCCUCUCUCUCACUUUCAUCGAUGCAUCAUGUCAAGACCUGACCACGCGCUGCGCGCUUUCGACCACCCCUAACGUCAAAUCCUUACCGAGAACAGGCAGUGUUUGCCUCUACAAGAGUGAACAUGGCAAACGUAUGGACGCAAAUGGGCUAUGUGCCUCCACGCGGACAGUGCAACUUCAAGCAGUCGAUCGUGUCACCAAGAUGUCCCUGCCUGCGUUUUAUGCUGCACCCUCUGAAGUCGUCUUCUUCAUACGAAUGCGAUGGCUGUAACCAUCAUGCCUCCUUCCAUAGCAUGGAGAACAAAGCCGAAGAUGAGAUACGCAAGAAAUGGGACCAGGAAGCUAGGGAGCAAGCGGAGCGCGAGCAAGAAGCCGCACAGCGACCCAAAAAGCGCCCACGAGCUAUUGGAUACCGCAACGUGGUGGAUGAGGUGAUGAGCGACGCGGAACUCGGAGCGCUCUUAGAGGGUGCACCAGACGUUAGGAGCACUGCAAAGGUCAAGAGAGGCGCAGCGAAGGUGCGCCGAGGAGCGGGAACGCGAACAAAAAGCAGGAUCACAGAACUUACGGAAGAAGAGGAAGAAGUUGUGGAAUUGGAUUGAGGAUAGCAAUCAUCUGCAGCAUCACAUGG